GGAGAACUUCGCGCCCCUGCGGAUUGACGCACCAUGGUAAACUCCCCCCAGAAGGCAGAACGAGCAGCAACAACACAAAUGGAGCGACACCUCGUUCGUGGUUCUAUUUCUUAAUCGCCGGAAUCUGACACAUGAUCGACUUCUAAUAAGGGGGGUUCGUGAAGAGAAAGAGGAACAGGAAGAAAGAGACAGUGAGGGGGAGAGAAAGAAAGAGAGGGUAGAGAGUUAGAGCGAAAGAGAGAGAGAGAGAGAGAGAGAGAGAGAGAGAGAGAGAGAGAGAGAGAGAGAGAGAGAGAGAGAGCAAGCGAGCGCCUGUUAGGUCGGCAUGUAGCCUAAACUUGUUCUCUGUUUGUUUUUUUUUUAAAGAAAUGUAUUUGACUGGGACUUUUCAAUAAUGCAAUACUUUUCCUACUUCAUCUUCACUAUAUGAUGUUAUUCAGAGGGUGAUCGCAUACAGAAGUGGUCCUAGAACAGACAUAAUCAUGGCCAGGGUAGAGGUCACCACUGCGCCAGCUUUGGAGCUUCUUGUUAUGAGCGAAGGGGUCGGGGAAAAAGAGCCGGUCAGCGGGGAGGAUAUCCAGGUCGUCAUGACUGACAGUGGACAGUCAGCACUUCCGGAGACCCCAGAGUCCCAGAGCGGGAAGGAAGUUCACGGACUUGAUCCGGCGUGUUUAGAAGAGCCGUCAGAACAUGGACCCGCGGCCCAGCCAGAGGAUGAGCCGGCGGGACCUCCUUCAGCGGACCAGGGGGCUGCGGUGACGAUCAGAAACCAUAUCCCAGGGAAACAGGGGGACGGGCCGAGCCAAGGGGAUGGAGGAGGACAGAGAGCGGAAGAGGAAGGAGACCCGGCAGCAACGGCAGAGGCGGACGGAGAGGAGAAAGCAGAAGAGCCAAAGUCGGACGAACAGCAGACAGACACAGAGGCGCAGAUCAAACUGGAGGCACAAAAGCAGGCCCAACGGCUGAGCCCGGAGUUCCCGGAGGCGCUGUACGAGCUGCUGUGCACGCUGCAGGAGGGCCGGCGCCUCAACGACCAGCGCUGCUCCUUCCGACUCAAACCAGGAGUCUCCAGGAGGAGGUGCCAGUCCGUACCCAGCUCCACCAAGCCGGCCCACAGAGUGAUCUUCUCCUCCGUGACUUCCCUGCAGCAGGAGGAGUUCUUUGAGCAGGUUGCCGUGGCGCAGGCCCGUCGUCUGGAUGACCAGCGGUCCGAGCUGCAGGGCCCACUGGUCCCUCCAAUCAGUAAGAUCAAGGGCCGGAGCUUCAGGGGCAGCUUGAGGCAGCUCUCCAUCCACAGGAAGCCCCCCCCGCCAGCCCCUGUUCCAAAGGAGGACCUCUACACCAUGAUACUCAACACACAGGCCCAGGGUCGGCUGGAGGACCAGCGAAGCCGGGCCCCGGGGCCCAUGGACGACGAGGACUUCUUCUCUCUGCUGCUGAAGGUCCAGGGAGGACGCAUGGAGGAGCAGAGGACUGAGUUCCCUCAGCUCCUUCUUCUGACCUGAGUCAGCAAUGUCCAACAUCUCCACGCAGAUUACUGCCCAACUCAGAAGCAACCGCCAUCAACUACUAGCUUCCACACCGGCUGCCAUCUUAUAAAGUGACCAUUUAAAGGAAUUGUUAAGACGACAAUCCUCUUGACUGUGCUUCUGCCUUUGGAUUUAUUAGUUAGCUAAUUUGCUAUAUAGCCAGUUAGCUAUUAUAGGUGAGCUCUGAUUGGCAUUCUACAGCGGUAGCACUGUUAGCUUAGCAUGGCAACAUGCCAUUGAAUGACCCGCAUACAAGCUUGAAAUGGGUGACCUGUGCUUCCUAUGUUCUUUCCAUUCGUUGAUAAAUGCUUGUUCAUCUGUAUUUCUUAUCUUGUUGAAGGCAUAUUGAAACCUUUCCCUUGGAAUGCCCUUCAAAUUAGUAAUUAUGUUUGUUUUUAUUCCAACUCUUAGUAAUUUCUAAUAAUUGAGCUGAUCAUUUUAUCCAAAGUGACUGAAUCCAAAGUGAAUUCAGGUGUAUGUGGUCAACGGGCAGGGCGAAGGUUUCUGGGGGCAUUUGUUCAUGGAUGCUUACAGGUUGGCUGCAGACAUUGGGGAUCAAAUCUAGCACCUAUUUGGGUUGGGAUUUUGAUAACCGAGCAGCAAAUGUGAUCCAGAAAAUUAUCUUGAUCUGGUGUGGUCAUGCUUUCUAUAAAUGUGGGUUUGGGGUUUUCUCUGAUUGGGGAUUUUCUCUUGCUGUUUUGUACGUGAGACAGAAUGGUAUUUUUCUGUGUCAUGGUGGCCAGAAAGAGUAUAUUGGCACAAGUGACUGUACUUGACAUUAAUGGAAUGUCCGAAUUAGUUACUAGAUAAUAAAUAAAUUAUUAUGGAUGUGGAAAAGCUUUGAAUAUGAUAGAUUAUAGUGGUCUUAUUUUCUAAAACAUGUCAGAAGUGGCAAAACAUGUGGGUUAAGAUAAAUUGAAUUUGACGACCCUCAUAAUACAUUUCUUUGUAGUAACUGAGAUCAAAGAAAGGCCUCAUAUUUAGUCAAUGGCUUUUGAAUAACUAAAGAAAUGUGUGUGCAUACUUCCAGCAUCGAUAAUGUGUACAUUCUCAACAGCAUUUAUGAUAAACUUUUACACCCAAAUCCAAUUUAACUGAGGUAUUUCAGAAGAAGCGAAGACAGGGUUUUAAUUUUCAGUUUCAAGAAGUGGACAGAACAUGGAUGCUGUCUUUCACUUUAUUAGUUUGGUUCAAGUGUGUCCUUACCAUUUCUCUCCACCCAAGCAACCUUAUCACCCACUUAACAUUUGAACAAUAACACUAUCAAAAGAUCAUGGAGAUGCCAAUAAUACUUAGGCAGGCCAUGCUGAAAUCAAUAGCUACUUAUGGAAACAUUUGACAUUUGACACUAGCGACAUGAGGAAAUGUCAUCUCGAUUUGAGGAAGUAAUGUCUACAUAGCCUAUUUCUUCUACAUCAAACACCCCCCCACACACACACACACCAAACACAAAGGUUAAAAUGGCUGAUUCGUUAUUUUUUACCCUUCCAAUGUUAAGAUUUUAAACAAAUGGCAAAAAGCAGAAAUUAAAGGCAACGGGAGACCUUUGUGUCAAACGUCUUUCGUGAAGCGACUGCAUGUACCCCAGAUGUUGGGGCGGGACGCACCUUUACUUUUCAAUAAGAUGUCAAUCACCUUCUACCAAGUGUAGAGAACAGUAGGCUACAGUUGACAGUAGAGCAAUGCAAUUAAGACGAAAUAAUGGUCCAUUUAACGCCAGCGUAGGUAUAGCAACUAGGCUACGUAAUGAAGCCGUACACCAGAACAACUACAUGUUUGGGCCUAUGUGUUUGUUUAUUCACAUAUCUGUGUAUAUCGUGCUAUUGUUAGUCAUUAAACCAUAAAUAACCCAAUAUAAA